GGUUUGCCUUUUACCUUUGGUGUUCUGAUUCACAGACCACUUCUUGUCUUUCACUCGUAUUUAAGACUUCUGUCUGCCCCAUCUCCACCCUGUCCACUCCGAAUAAUAUCAUCACGAGAGAACGAAAACCCCGGGUCUACAAAAUAGCUAGUUCUCAAUAAACGAGCCUAUCCCGAAAACUUAGCCCGCUGAGACCCCUUUUUUAUCGUCGCGCAUCCAUUACACCGGAGCCAAUCUUACUCGACGACUUUUGCGCCCGACACCAAAACAACAAGAGAACAUAAGUUCAUAACCACCCACCAAAAAAAGCAACCAUCAACACAAAAGACAUCGCCAACCAUGCUCGAAAACAUGUUCAAGACAGGCCUCCGCCUGGCCCAGCUCCUCUGGACCCUCCUCGUCACCGCCCUCAUCGGCAACGUAAUCGACCUCAACCGCAACGGGCCCAUGGCAGCCGUGAACUUCGCCAUGUUCACCGCCGUCCUCUCCUGGAUCGCCGCCCUCUACGGCCUGGCGGCGUCCCUCUUCUCCUCCCUCGCCAUCCCGCUCGUGACCCUCGUCCUCGACGGCCUGGCGACCAUCUUCACCUUCAUCGCCGCCGUCGUGCUCUCCGCCCGCCUGGGCGCCGUGAACUGUGACGUCACCGCCGGUCGCUCGGGCGACUGGAUCGCAUACGGCGCCGCCGACACCGAGAAGCGGUGUCGCACCAUCCAGGCCUCCCUCGUCUUCAUGUGGUUCCUCUUCGCCUGCUUCGCUGCCGGCCUCGUCUUCGCGUUCGCCGACUUCCGUCGGAGCGGUGGCUCCAUUCGCGGGUCGAGGCCUAAUAUGACCCAGGUCUAAUCGACGUGCCAUCGCACGCAAAGAAAAAAAAAAAAAAAAACCCCCCAUGCUACAAGGACAAGGGCGCCCCGUGCUUCUUGUAUGUCCCAGAAAGGUUGACGUGAAGAG